AUGGCAGACAUCAAAGACUGGAAUGCCCUGGCAAAACCGGACCCGGAAUGGGACCAAGCCGUCAACGACCUAAUGGGCGGUAACCAACCCGACCUGGGCCUCUUCCCCGGCAUCCCCGAACUGCGCGCCUGGAUCACCAGCACCAAACUCGCCACCGCGGCGCAGAUGGGCGCAGGUAAGAUCGAAGGUGUCGUGGAGGAGGAACAUCAAGUGAAGAUGCGUGACGGCGAGAGCAUUACCGUAAGGACUUACCGGCCGGAGAAGAAGCCGGAGGGUGGGAGUGCGAUGUUUGUUGUUUACCAUGGCGGGGGGUGGUGUAUUGGCGGGUUGGAAAACGAGGAGUUGCUUGCCAGGAAAGUGGUGGAGAAGCUGGGUGCUGUGGUUGUUAACGUGGACUAUCGCCUUGCUCCGGAAUGGAAGGCCACCUCCAACGCCUCCUCCCUCGGCGCCGACCCCAGCAAAGGCUUUGUCAUCGGCGGAACCUCAGCCGGGGGCAACAUCACCGCCGUCAUCAGCCUCAUGGCACGUGAUGAGAAGCUCUCUCCACCCAUCACCGGAACCCUCCUGAUGAUCCCCUUCUACGUCUCCCAUCAAUACAUCCCUGAGUCCUGGAAACCGGACUACAACUCCUGGGAGCAAAACAGGAACGCGCCGAUUCUCAGCCAAAAGGCCUGCAAUCUCUUCAUCGACAACUACCUCCCCGACGUCUCGAAGCGGAACGAUCCGCUCAUGUCUCCAGCGCUGUGGCCCACGGGGCUGAAAGGGUUGCCACCAGCUGUAUUUCAGGUCUGCGGACAAGAUCCGUUGAGAGAUGAGGCGUUGAUUGUGGAGAGGGAGAUGAGGGAGCAGCAUGGGAUUAAGACGAAGAUGUUGGUGUAUCCCGGGCAGCCGCAUGGGUUCUGGAGUGUGUUGCCAACUAUGGAUGCGAGUAAGAAGUUUGUGGAAGACUCUGUUGGAGGAGUGCAGUGGUUGUUGGAGCAGAAGUGA